AUGGCCAGCUUAAUUGACGAUCUCUCGCUUCUCAAGACCGAUCUCGUGUACCUCGUGCAGAACUUCGAGUCGUACUUGGACCCCACGCUGCAAUUGAAGUACGCAAUAGCCACCAUAGCCUUCAACCCCAUUUUCUGGAACAUCGUGGCUAGGCUGGAGUACAACACCCAUUUCCUCACCAAACUCGCUGGAGGUGCUAGGAGAGGGUGCUACUUGCUUGCGUUCACCAUCUUCGGCUUGGGGAUCUACAGAGACCACGUCUACCACCAGGCACUCCUGGCCCAGCCUACGUACCAGCCUUUGCUCGACUCGUCCAUUAUCCAGGCAUUGGCUGUGUUGCUGUUUGGGUUCGGUAACGUGCUUGUCUUGACCUCCAUGUACGCUUUGGGGGUCACAGGGACCUAUCUCGGUGACUACUUUGGCAUCUUGAUGGACGAUAGAGUCACAGGAUUCCCAUUCAACGUCAACGACAACCCCAUGUAUAACGGCUCGACCCUCUGUUUCUUGGGAACUGCGUUGUGGUACGGAAAGCCUGCGGGAAUUGCGGUCACUGGCUUCGUGUAUGUGAUGUACAAGAUAGCCUUGUUGUUUGAGGAGCCUUUCACCGCCAAAAUCUAUGCCCAAAGAGACCAGAAGAAGACCAAUUGA